AUGGCCGGUGUCCUCAACGACCUGGUCGUCGCGGUCCAGGGCAUCCGGCUUUACCUGGCCAGCCCAUACGGGCCGUCACCGCUGCUCCCGCCGCCCGUGCCCUCCGGACCGCCGGCUCUUCCGUGCGCCUGCGGCGCCACCCGCGGCUGCCGCGCCCGCCCCAGCCCCGUGGCCGGUCUGGGCCGCGCCGGCUGCGCCGGCUCCACCGAGCGGGCCACCGGCGGCCGCGGCGCCCCUCUGGCACUUGGCGCCGGCGCCCUCAGCGGCUCUGUGGCCGCUACAGCACACGACGCAGGCGGGGGCCACCGGCCCUCUGCAGCCGCCGUUCUCCGCGCCGGCCUGCACCGGGCUGCCGCUGCUGCCGUUCCCGGCGGGUCCACUCCGGCCACGGGCCCUCUGUGGUAUUUACAGCCGCCGUCCCUCGCGGCCACCGACGCGCCGGCCCACCCUCCGCCACCGACGCUGCAACCACCGGCGCCGCCCCUGCCCAACUCGAGGGCAUCCUCGCCGACCGGCCUCCCGAUCCAUCAGGUCCGGUUCCCGCCCUCCCCGUCGCCACUUCCAGCGUGGGCGGCUGCGUCUUCGCCUUCGCCGGUCUACACCACGGCUCCGGAGCAGCCGACCCCGUUUCCGUAG